AGAAUAAUAUAUUUGGUCGAAACUUCGGCUCAAACCAACUUGCCUUCAAAGUCGUUGUGCAAGCACGUUCGUAACAGAGGUGCGAAGAACGCACGUGCGCCCAUGUCAGGAACGCGUCGAGAUCCCUGUGACGCACUGCGGGGUAGCCUACGAGCCGUCAUCUGCAUAGCGAGCAAUAUCGGCUAUUGCAAAAAAGUAGCUGUCGCGUGAGCCCCUUCACUGCCUUCUUACCUGAAUCGGCCUGUCCGUCGUAGAUGAUUCCAUGGCACUCUGCACGAUGAUGCACUCGAUCUUCCCGUCGAGCUUCGACGCGCUUUUUCGUUCAAUCGUGCCCCGCCAAACUGGUCGACAUCCGAUACAUCUUGCGACCACGCACUAUACGGACUAUCAUCCUGCACCGUAGACCGCAUAUACUACUUUGACAAUCUUGCUACGCGCAGAGUACUCGUACCUCAUCGUUCCGUAGAGAUGCAGGAAGCUUCCCAAACACAGACCGAAGCCGAUUCGAAAGAUCGCUUCUUUCGAUACUUCCGACAUGAAGUCACAGCCCUGCAAGAGCAAAUGGAACGUCUAAAUAGCAUAGCGACAGGCGGCGGCGAACGCAACGACGCCGUUGACCACUGCCUAGCCGGCAUCGACCGCCUCUCACACGAAGUAAAGGACGCCUCGAGCUACAUUCCCGCCUACGACCAGCGCACAUACAGCGAGGCCAUCAAAGCCCUCUCCGAGAAACUGCAAAGCAUCCGCCAAACCUUCAACCCGCCCAAGAAAUUCGCCUUCAAGACCCGCAAGAACGCCUCUGCAAUCUCCAUCUCGGACGCCGCCGAACUCGCAGCCUCCCAGCGGGCCCGCGCACCCAUCAUCUCCACCAGCACAUCCACGCCAACCUCCUCCUUCGCCCCGACGCCACUCGACCGCCUCUCCCCCGGCGAACGCAAGGAACAAGAAGCCGCGCUGCACAGCACAACAGCCGCCGAUCCCCCCAACCCGCAAACCCUCACCAUCUCAAACCUCUCCGGCAAAACUAUCCGCGUCCCGGCCCCCGGCCCCGACGGGCCCCCUAGCUCCGCCACCCUCGCCAACCUCACCGCCUGCACAAUCGACAUGCGCGCCCUGUCCACGCCGCUGCACGCGCUCUACCUGCGCUCGCUGGCGGGCUGCACGAUCAUCACACCGCCCGUGAGCGGCGCGACGCAUAUCACCGGCGUGACGGACAGCAGGCUGUAUGUGGCGACGCGGCAGUUCCGGAUGCAUGCGGCGAGCGGGGUGGAUGUGUAUCUGGCGUGUGGGUCGAGGCCGGUGGUGGAGGGGUGCGGGGGCGUGCGGUUUGCGCCGCUGGUGGGGACGGGGUUGGAGCACGAGGGGGAGAAUAUGUGGGAUCAGGUGGAUGAUUUUGGGUGGUUGAAGGCGGAGAAGAGUCCAAAUUGGGGGGUUUUGGGGGAGGGCGAGAGGGAGUUGCCGCCGAAGAUUGAGGAGGAGUGAGUCUAAGAUAGAGGGAGGGUGGCUGCAUCCCUGCGUGUGGGUAUCUGUGAUCAGAUUGUGGAGGUCGUUCUCUGGUUGAUUAGGAUCGGCAUACAAAUCCGCACUGC